UUUAAGCAAUAUUGAGACAUUUCAUCUGCUGGAUCCUUCAAAUACUCAAAGCGCUGAUAACCGCUGUUUGAUAAUUGUAUUCGAGCUUACAGCUUAGUUCGAGUGACAGUGGAGCAAGUCAAAGAUUGAAAAUCUCUGAAUGUUGAGAUCUUUAUUUUUAUUUUUAGGUUUCCAGCUUAAAGGAGAUUAAGCCGAGUGGCGGCCAUGCUGGCCUCUGUGACCCGCUCUCUGCAGCUGGUGAGGCUGGGCCAGAGGGCGCUGCCCGCCGCCGCGCAGCCCCUCCGACACAUCAGCAAGGACAUCCGCGUGCCGGAUCCGGGCGUGGGUGUACAGUACCGGUACCGGGUACAGCUGCCGGAGAAAUACACCAUCAAACGGCUGCCCAUCCAGAAACUGGCCGGCCGGGACCCCGAGACAGGCCGGGUGGUGGUCGGCACGCUGGGCGGCGGCAGCAAGCAGAAGUUUCGCUGGGUGGACCCGGAGCGGCCGCCGCUCAGCGACGGCUCGCCGCGCCGCGAGCGCGUCCUCCAGCUGGUGUACGACGCGCUGCGCACGUGCACCGUGGCGCUCGUGGCGCACGGCGAGCACGUGCGCUACGUGAUCGCCCACGAGGGUAUGAAGGUAGGGGACAUCAUCACCACCUACGGCGACAUCCCGCGCAUCCCCGUGCGGCCGACAGUCGGCGACGCCCACCCGCUGGGCGCCCUGCCCGCCGGCACAGAGGUCUUCAACAUCCAAAAGUACCUCGGAGAAAAGGACAGGAUCUGUAUAAACGGCGGCACCUACUGCACCGUGCUGAGGAGGGUCGGGGACCGGGUCAUCGUCAUCUCACCCUCCAAGCGGCAGUUCUCGCUGCGUCAGGAGUGCACCUGUGUCGUAGGCCGGGUCAGCAUGCGCUUCCCCAGCAUCCGACCGAUCGGCUCGGCGCAGCGACUCCGCUGGCUCGGCUACCGGCCCCGCUCCGGACUCUGGCAGCGCAAGACGGGCCGCUUCGGCCGCAAGCUGCGCCGGCCGCCGCCGGUGCGCGAGUUUAGCGUGCCGCCGGCGCCGCCGCCCGAGGUGCUGACACUCAGCCUGCACGACGUGCACGUGCACGACCCGAGCAGCCAGAGCCAGCUGGUGAAAACGUUCCGCGGCAGGAGCAACUAGCGCAGUCGGGGACCUCGGCCUGACAGGAGGUACGGACAGGGAUGGUUUGAAGGGACGCUGGUGCCGAGAGGGGAAACGAGUAAAUGAAAGUGAAAAAGUGCGUGAAUGAUCAGUGAACUGGUACCGGGGUGUACUGGGGCUUGAGAGGGGAGCGAAGCAUGAGAGAAGUGUUUUGCGAGUCCGAUCGAUGCAGUAGAGGCUGCACCGAGUAGUUGUAACUUGUAUGAACUAUGGUAUUCGCUGCAACAUUGAAAUACAAACAAAACAUGCUUGAAAUUA